AUGGGAAGAGCUCCAUGCUGUGACAAAGCUAGUGUUAAGAAAGGUCCAUGGUCUCCUGAAGAAGAUGCAAAACUAAAGGAUUACAUAGAGAAAAAUGGAACUGGUGGAAACUGGAUUUCUCUCCCAAAAAAAGUUGGUUUGACAAGGUGUGGCAAAAGCUGUAGACUAAGAUGGCUUAAUUAUCUCAGACCAAACAUUAAGCAUGGUGAAUUUUCUGACUCAGAAGAUAAAGUAAUUUGCACCCUCUUUUCUAGCAUUGGAAGCAGGUGGUCAAUAAUAGCAUCUAAGCUGCAAGGAAGAACUGACAAUGAUGUGAAGAACUAUUGGAACACCAAGCUCAAGAAAAAGUUUCUGUCCAUGAAUCAGUCAGUGGAGAUGAAAUCUCAACAAGUUACCCUUUUAUCCAUUCUUCAAAACUCAACAAUAUCAUCUCCAUCAUCAUUAUCAUUCACAGGUUCCUUUUCCUACUCAUCAGCAGCAUCUUCAAGUCUUUUGAGUCGAAAUUCCUUUACUUCACCACAAGAAAGUUUCACUGGUCCCUCUCAGAGGGAUAGCAAAAGCCAGAUCAACCAUGUCAUAGAUCAAGAGCUUGUUGAAAAGUAUGAUAAUGAUAAUGAUGAUGAUGAUGUAACUUUUGUAGAGCAGAAUAUUGGUGAUAUCAAUUAUCUCUAUAAUGGUGGAAGUGUUAAUCAGUGGAUAGAGAAAGAAAAUGGAUUAUGGGGAGAAAAUCCAUUUGAUGAAAUUAAAGAGCUGAUAAGCAGUAAUAAUACUAGUAGAUGCAACAACUUUUUGUUUGAUUAG